GGCGAAUAGCCACAUGAAAUAAACAGUUUUGCCAACCCAUUGGUUUAUGAAGAAAAGUUAUUUAUUUGUAGAAGAAAAAAAAAAACAAACGAGGCGUUUAAAGUAGAAUUAAAAUCACAGCAUCUGGCAAAACAAGAAAAAAUCACAGCCGUUGAAAAGCGGGCCAUAGUGGGGCUUUUUGGUGGUCCCUCAUCGUCAUCGCCAAUUUCCUUCAUUCAGUAGCAUCUUUCUUUUCUAUCUAUCCAUCCAUCCAUCUGCCUCUCCGUCUCCUCCUCUGCCUCCGCCCUCCGUCUCUCUGCUCACAAACAACAACAAAGCCCAGCAACAAGACAACCAGCAAACCAACACUUCCCCUUCAAUUAAUUCUCCCAACCCUUCCCUUCAAUUGCCAUCCCUUCCCUCCCCAUUUUCGCCUCUCCUGCCAGCUGCUGAAACACCCAGAAACUCCACGCCAGCUAGAGAGAGAGAGAGAGAGAGAGAGAGAGAGAGGGAAGACGAAACGGCUCAAACAAGUCUAAACCCCCGCCCUCACAACGCCAAACUCUCUCUCUUUCUCAGUCAGGCACACAGGUAGAGCUCGGAGAGCCGAGAAAGGCUGCACCUUGAUGUCCGAUUUCUGAAGGGCUCUGUCCUCGCUCUGUUUCCUCUGUUUCUCUGCUGUUUUUCUUUGUUGGGUUUUUGUUUUUCCUUGUUUGUGAAUUAUGGAAGAGGAGAAGAAGAUGGUUGAUGUCAUAGAUGGAAGCGGAGGGAUGUCUGCUGCUUUGAAUGGCUUCUCUCCUGCUACUUCCACCAGGAUCCAUUGGAAUUCCAGGAAGAGAUCUGAGAACUGUAACUUUGUUUCCCAAACAGCUGGCGGUGGAAGGAGCUUCAACAAGGUAAUGGACGACAGCACCAUCACUACUCCUCCUCCUCCUUCCAAAACAGAAGAAGCAGACGAAAAGAUGCAGGAAGCAACUGAAACCAAUGAAACUCCUCAGCAGCUUUCCGAGCGGCGCAGGGCUCUGUUUGAGCCCUUGGAACCCACUUUCAAUCUCAAUGGGAAGCGGAUGUCUGCUGAAUCACUGCUUCCACCGCCGGACUUCGAUGCUGCUAGCUACCCGAAAGGAUGGCUGAUCGGCAAGAAGAGGAAGCUUGUGAAUGUGGAUGUGGUUGAGAGCAUGCGCAGGAUUGCUGUACAGGAAAUGAACAGAAAGGACCGGGAGAUCGACGGGCUUAACGAGCAGUUGGAAGAGGAUUCGCGGGUUCUCGAGCACUUGCAGCUGCAGCUUCUCCAGGAGAAGAGUAAAAGGUCUCAGGUGGAGAGGGAGAACACGAUGCUACAUGAACAGGUAAACAUGCUUAUGAACAUGCUGCAAGAGAAUGAGGCAGCCAUGGAUGGGGAUGGAGAACUUGGUGACGAGGAAGAAGUAGGUGCAGGGGAGGAGGGAGAAGGUCCCAAAGGUCAUUGAGUAAGAAGUGAUAUAGGUUGUUUUUCGAUGGUUGGUUCGUUUAUUCUUUUCUAGGUUUUGGUGUGGAAGUUUAGGACGAGAAAGUCGUAUCAUAGAUGAAGGUUAUUUGUCAGUAGUCGCGUUAGUGGUGGUGGAUGUAGUUAUACAGACUUGAGUUGGAUAUCAUACAAGUACAUUGGAGGUCUCGUAAUUUUUUAAUAUGUUGAAACUUAAGAAACCCUCUUGGAUAACAUAUAAGCAUGUUUGUGUACUUUAAUAAUGCAGCAAAAUAUUAGCAGCUGUAUCUGUAUUGCAUUACAUGUAAUGUAUCAUAGUUAUGCUUUUUUUUUU